GGCCGAGGCGCUCGACCCGACCCGCCGCGUCGGAUCCUCCGCGGGGCUCCUGGCCCGGGCCACGGGAGGGACCAGUAAGGAAGCAGGAAAAAAAAGCCUUAUUUAUUAUCGUUUUCCCCACUGUUGGCAUGGCAACACAGGCGUACGUUACGGAAUUACAGGCAGCCCAGCAACAGUCACAGCAGCAGCAACAGCCGGCAGCGGCCCCCGCCACGGCCCCGGCCCCAGCCACUGCCUCGGCGCCAUACGUCGCUGACCUGCAAAGCACCCAGCCCCAGCCACCCGCCCAGAAGCAGUAUGUGGCAGAAAUCCAGACUGCCCCGCCACCUGCCCAGUCCACCGGUCAGCAGACCCCAGCACCGGCCCCUCAGCAGUACAUUGUAGUCACCGUGUCUGAAGGCGCCAUGCGAGCCAGUGAUACCGUCUCCGAGGCCAGCCCGGGCUCCACCACUGCGCAGUCUGGCGUGCCCACCCAGGUGGUCCAGCAGGUGCAGGCCACACAGCAGAGGCUCCUGGUUCAGGCCAGCGUGCAGGCGAAGCCAGCAGCUGUGUCCCCACUGCAGCUCACUGGAGUGCAAGUACCCCAGCAGCGGCUGGUGGUGCAGACCACGACGCAGGCCAGCAAAGGAGGACAGGUCUCGCUGGCUGUGCACGGGGUACAGCAGCAAGUCCACUCUCCCCCCGAGCGCUCUCCUGUGCAGAGCAACAGCUCAGCCAGCAAACCAGGACAGGUCCAGCAGCUCCAGGUCCAUGGAGUCCAGCAAGUGCCUGUCUCCCAAGAGGUGCUGUCCCCACCUGCCGCCCCUGAGCUGAGAUCAGUUGUCCAGAGCACACCGCAGACACCCAAGUCGGGGGCUGUGCAGCAGCUGACAGUGCAGAGUCUCCAGCAAGUCCAUGUCACCCAAGAGAGCUCAGACAGUGAGUUUCCCAGGCCAGCUAGACAGAGCCAGCCUCCGCCGCAGCCUUCGUCGCAGACAGCACAGCCUUCUCUCUCCUUAGCGUGUAGUAGUGGGACGCACCAGCUGGCCAGCUGCUGCCUGGCCAGUCAGGGGCGCAGGCUCCAGUACCUCCACUCACUGGAGGCCGCCUCCUCAGAGCAGUGGCUGGAGUUGGCCCACGGGCUGUCACCACGCCUGCUCCUCUCGCAGCCGAAGCUGGUGAUGGAGCCACUGCCUUUCCUCUCCUCGCACCAUGCCAGCCCCGAGCAGAGAGUCAAGAUUCAGAGAGUCCCCCAGGUGCUAGUGUUUGGCACGGCGGCAACCGCACUCAAAGUGCAGCAGCUGCAGCAGGUGCCUGUCCAGCACGUCUACCCCAACCAGGUGCAGUAUGUGGAAGGGGGUGAUGCCAGCUACACAGCCAGCACUAUACGCUCCAGCACCUACCCAUACACCGAAACUCCCCUAUACACCCAGAACACGGGAGCCAACUACUAUGAAUCGCAGGCCACGCCAGCCCAGGCCGCCACGCCAGCCACCUCCCAGAAUGUGGCCAGCAGUGGCUCUGUCCCCAUGUAUGUCUCUGGUGGGCAGAUCAUUGCCAACCCCAGCGGAGGAGGCGGCGGUGGAGGGGGCGGCGGCGGGACAGGGACCUACGUCAUCCAGGGAGGAUACAUGCUUGGGAGCUCCAGCCAGUCCUACUCCCACACCACACGUGCCUCUCCAGCCACCGUGCAGUGGUUGCUGGAUAACUAUGAGACAGCUGAGGGAGUGAGCCUGCCACGAAGCACCCUCUACUGCCACUACCUCCUGCAUUGCCAGGAGCAGAAGCUGGAGCCAGUCAAUGCCGCCUCCUUCGGCAAGCUGAUCCGGUCGGUGUUCAUGGGCCUGCGCACGCGCCGCCUGGGCACCAGAGGGAACUCCAAGUACCACUACUAUGGCCUCCGCAUCAAAGCCAACUCACCGCUGCUGCGCCUGAUGGAGGAUCAGCAGCACUUGGCCAUGCGCCAACAGCCUUUCUCCCAGAAGCAGAGGCUCAAGCCCAUUCAGAAGAUGGAGGGGAUGACCAAUGGUGUGGCUGUGGGACAGCAGCAGGCCUCGGGACUCUCCGACAUCAGUGCCCAGGUCCAGCAGUAUCAGCAGUUCUUGGAUGCCUCCCGAACCCUGGCUGACUUCUCCGACAUUGACUUGCAAGGGAAGCCCCUGCCAGAGGGUGUGGGGGCUGAGGAUAUCAAGGCUUUCCAGUUGCUCUACCGGGAGCAUUGUGAGGCCAUUGUGGACGUGAUGAUCAACCUGCAGUUCACCUUGGUGGAGACCCUAUGGAAAACCUUCUGGAGGUACAACCUGAACCAGCCCAGUGAAGCCACCCCCAUUGCCGUGCACGACGAGGCCGAGAAGCGUCUCCCCAAGAGCUGCCUGGUGAUCCUGUCCAAGUAUGAGCCUGUGCUCAAGUGGACGAAGGACUGCGACAAUAUGCUGUACCAGGGCCUGGUGGAGAUCCUCAUCCCAGACGUCCUCCGGCCCAUUCCCAGUGCCUUGACGCAAGCAAUCCGAAAUUUCGCCAAGAGUUUGGAGAGCUGGUUAACCAACGCCAUGAUGAACAUCCCUGAGGAGAUGGUCCGUGUGAAGGUGGCAGCAGCAAGUGCCUUUGCCCAGACUCUGCGGCGAUACACAUCCUUGAACCACCUAGCCCAGGCUGCCCGGGCCGUGCUACAGAACACAGCCCAGAUCAACCAGAUGCUGAGCGACCUCAACCGCGUGGACUUUGCCAAUGUCCAGGAGCAGGCCUCAUGGGUGUGCCGCUGUGAAGACCGCGUGGUCCAGCGCCUGGAGCAGGACUUCAAGAUGACCCUGCAGCAGCAGAACUCACUGGAGCAGUGGGCCGUGUGGCUGGACGGCGUUGUCACCCAAGUCCUCAAGCCCUAUCAGGGCAGCCACAGCUUCCCCAAAGCCGCCAAGCUCUUCCUCCUCAAGUGGUCCUUUUACAGCUCAAUGGUGAUCCGGGACCUGACCCUGCGCAGUGCUGCCAGCUUUGGCUCCUUCCACCUUAUCCGGUUGCUGUACGACGAGUACAUGUACUACCUGAUUGAGCACCGUGUGGCUCAGGCAAAGGGCGAGACACCCAUCGCUGUCAUGGGAGAGUUCGCCAACUUGACAAGUUCCCUGAAUGCCCUGGACCCUGACAAAGAUGAGGAAGAAGAAGAGGAGGAGGAGAGCGAGGAUGAGAUGCCGCAGGAGAUCUCCCUCAACUCCAAUGAGUCGGGCAGCCUAAGUGCUGACCCUAUGGAGCCACCUCCCAAGCUGGCACGGACGGACUCCCGAGGCAUCUUUGUGCAGGCCCUGCCGUCAAGCUAGAGGGGCACAUGGGGUCCAGCCCCACCCCGGCCCAGAACCCCCAGCUGCUGCCCGGCGAUAAAGCUCAGCUCACCCCUGUCUCGAGUGGUAUGCGCUGCACUUUCCUCCCCUGUGUGGGGGGAGCGGGGGGAAUGCAGGCCCCGGCAGCCAGGGCCCCCACUCCAGCAUGGGGGCCCCCCCAUCCACCUCCCCAGCAGGCCCACUCGACACCAAAGCACAGCCCCCUAUCACCCUCCAUCCCCCAACCCCGGUUUUGGUCCCUUCCCACAAAACUCCAUGGCUGCUAGAAAGCAUUGCAGCCCCCCCACCCCACCCCCAGAGGUGAGUCAGUGCUGGGGCUGUUGGCUCCCUAGGGGCACCGCUCGGCCCCCCCCCCCCCCACCCCAGUCCCUGCAGUGACCACUCAGCCCAGCCAGUUGCCACCAAUCUGUCGCAGUGAUUGUACAAGAUGGAACAAGCAGAGAUGCCUUGGUUGAGUGCAGGAGUUGGGCGGGGGGAGUGGCUUUGCCUAUGGGAGGCCAUGGGUGAAUACAGCCACCCCCUGGGCCCAGGCCCAAGGUGCCUUGGCCACCCCUGCCACCCGGGGAGCACCACUGCCUCGCAGCAGCUGGGCACAGCUCCACCAUGAAGGGCAGUGCCAGACAUGGGCAGGCCAAAGCCCAGCUGCCCACUGCAGGAGUCCCCAGGACACACAAGGACCACGUGCCUUGUCUUCGUGACAAACACUCCGUCUGCCUUAGCGCCCUCGAUGGGGGAGGUGGGGGGGUGGAGCUGAGGGGCCUAGCAGCAGAGAAGGAGGGUCUAGGGGACCCCACAAAGUACCCAGCCUAGCAGGAUCACUCCUCUCAUGGUCUAACCCUUCUUGCUUAGUCCUGGGUAGUGUGUGGGGGAGGGGGUUUCUGGGGGCUGGGUGUCCAAGCCCACCUAGUCCCACUGCAUGGGGUGGGGAGGUGGCACCAGGGGGGAACUUCAGCCCCUCAGACCUUGGCUCAGCACAGGGACUCCUGGAGACUCCAAGGCAUCUCCCAGACCUGCUGAUGCCAGCAGGAUCAACUCACCUGUGCAGCCUCCCCCUGCACCUGUGGCUCUUUCUCAUUCCUAAUCUCUUGCUGGCACCCCUACUUUUGCCCUUCUCUGGCACCCUCCUCGCAUGGACCUGCUGCUCCCUUCUCCCUGUCCAGCUGCCACUGAGGCUGGUGCCCAUGCAGGGGUCCUGACAGUUGACUCCCAACACCCUGCCCCCCCCCCAGACUGCCACACCCCCUCGGGCCACUCAGUUCUUGGCCCCUUCUGGUGCCAAAUCCCUUCACUUUAUGGUCAACUCCAGUGCCAGGGGUGGACUGCCCAGGACACAACUGGACCCAGCAGGGUUGGGAACGUGGGUCAAGCCACAGGGUAAUCACCACAGCAUCAAGCUCUCCCGCUUCACAACCAUGUCACCUGCUGCUCCAGGGCUACAGAGCAGGUAUCCCCUCCCCUGCUCCCUUCCACCCAGUCCCUGGGACGUGGUACCUCAGUCGAGUUCUGUGCAGCUCAGACACCCCUGCCCCACCUCCCCAACACCCCUCCUCUUCCCUUUGAGUUGCUGCCUUAUGAAAGAGAAGCAUCAAAGUCCUUAGUCCUCCCUGCCCUCCCCAGCCAGCACCCCACCCUGGGGGAACAGAGCCUGAUCUCCUGCCCUCUGCACCGCCCUACCCGGUGCCAGGACCCCAGCCACCAUAGCUCCCUCCUGCUCUGCAGCUGCUGCGCUGCCAGCUCAGACCUGACCAUUAGCUAUUCUAGUUUGCAGAGAGGACAAGUCCAGUGCCCAACCUCCACCUGCUUUUUCUUUUUUUGUACGUACCAAGCCCUUCCCUCUGCGAACCACCCGGGUGUUGUGCGAUUGGUGAUGGUCUCGAUGACUCGAUAGUGUUGGGUUUCUUCAACCAUCAUGGCCUUAUGCGUUCAAUUUUUUUCCAGUGUUUUAAACCCGUGAGAUCGAUGUUUCCAACAGAACCAUCCCCCUCCCCUCCUUGUUCAUAGAGUCUCUAUUUUGUGUCAGGCUCCCUGUGGAGCCCCCCUCCCUGGAGCUUUCGGUAGGUGUCCCCGUCUGCGCGACAGUGCCUGUGAUGGGAUGGCGUGCCCGUGUGUAGUCUAGAGUGCAGAUGCUGUUUUCUACCUUUUGUAGUUCUUUCUUAAAAGGAAUAAAUUCAGCCGUGUUCUUUG